GCUCUGACGCUGACAAAAAGAGGGAAGUUAGGUUUGAACGAGUGAAGAAAUCGAGGGAUGGCUCCUGCUAUUGCACUCAUACCCGAUAUCGCCGCCGGAGCUCCGGCGAACGCUCCGGCGACUGGCCGCGCUUCGGUGUACAGCGAGGUUCAGUCAUGCCGUAUCAACCACGCGCUUCCUCUCCCUUCUGUGCUUAGAUGUCCUUUCAAUAUCGUCGACGGACCACCUAGCUCUGCUGCCGGAAAUCCAGAUGAGAUAGCGAAGUUGUUCCCUUGCCUAUUUGGCCAACCAUCGGUAUCUCUGGUCGCGGAUCAGAAUGCAGCCUCCAUGGAUCAGAAACUGAAGGUCGGUGUUGUUCUGUCUGGAGGUCAGGCACCUGGUGGGCACAAUGUCAUUUCGGGACUAUUCGAUUAUUUGCAGAACCGUGCCAAUGGCAGCACAUUUUACGGGUUUAGGGGUGGUCCAGCUGGUAUUAUGAAAUGCAAAUAUGUCGAGUUAACUUCGGAUUACAUUUAUCCUUACAGAAACCAGGGUGGUUUUGACAUGAUAUGCAGUGGAAGAGACAAGAUUGAAACUCCUGAGCAGUUCAAGCAAGCUGAAGAAACUGCAAAGAAGCUAGAUUUGGAUGGAUUAGUUGUCAUUGGAGGAGAUGAUUCCAACACCAAUGCUUGCCUCCUAGCUGAGAACUUCAGGAGUAAGAACAUGAAAACCCGAGUCAUUGGCUGCCCCAAGACCAUUGAUGGCGAUUUGAAAUGCAAAGAGGUUCCUACAAGUUUUGGAUUUGAUACAGCUUGCAAGAUAUACUCCGAAAUGAUUGGAAAUGUCAUGAUCGAUGCAAGAUCAACAGGAAAAUACUAUCAUUUCGUCAGACUUAUGGGUCGUGCUGCAUCCCAUAUUACACUUGAGUGCGCUUUGCAAACUCACCCAAACAUCACGAUAAUUGGAGAAGAGGUUUAUGCCCAGAAGCAGACAUUGAAAAAUGUUACUGAUUACAUUGUAGAUGUUAUCUGCAAACGGGCUGAACUCGGUUACAAUUAUGGUGUUAUACUAAUUCCGGAAGGAUUGAUUGAUUUCAUCCCUGAGGUACAGGAGCUUAUUGCAGAACUAAAUGAGAUUCUAGCUCAUGAGGUUGUUGAUGAAAGCGGGCUGUGGAAGAAGAAACUGACUGAGCAAUCCCUGAAGCUGUUUGAGUUUUUACCCGAGGCAAUUCAGGAACAGUUGAUGCUCGAGAGAGAUCCACACGGCAAUGUCCAGGUGGCUAAGAUAGAGACGGAGAAGAUGCUCAUUCAAAUGGCUGAGACUGAAUUAGAGAAAAGAAGGCAAGAGGGUACAUACAAAGGGAGAUUCAUGGGACAAUCCCACUUCUUUGGAUAUGAAGGAAGAUGCGGUUUGCCAACAAAUUUCGAUGCCACCUACUGCUAUGCCCUUGGUUAUGCCGCAGGAGCUCUCCUUCGCAGUGGAAAAACCGGGUUGAUUUCAUCGGUGGGAAACUUGGCAGCUCCAGUGGCAGAAUGGACUGUCGGUGGCACUGCUCUCACUUCUUUGAUGGAUGUGGAGAGGAGACACGGUAAGUUCAAGCCUGUGAUCAAGAAGGCAAUGGGUGAACUUGAAGGUGCACCGUUCAAGAAAUUCGCAUCGCAAAGGGAGGAAUGGGCGUUGAAGAACCGUUACAUCAGUCCCGGUCCGAUACAGUUCAAAGGUGCAGGCUCAGACGCCGUCAACCACACUCUACUUCUGGAACUCGGGGCUCAUUAACAAAAUUCCCCCUUAUCAAAUCGGCUUUUCUCACCCCCUAGUUUACUUUUACUUUUGAAAGUUAUUCAUUGAUCUUUGUAACAAUCCCCUUUCUCAUUUUAAUUCGCCUUCUUUUAUGCGCUCUCCUUUAUUGUUUACUUGAAUUCAAUAUCAUUUGUCAAAUGGCAAUCAAUAAUGACGUUGAAACAA